AGAAGGUGCCUGGGAGAAAGCAGAAGUCACUUGGGACUGACAUCCAGAGAGAGUUCAGUGUUCGUGGUUAGCAUUGUUCUGCUGGAAGGUGGCCAGGCAAAGGGUCUUGAGUGCGGAACCAUCCCAGAGCGAGGAGGCAUUUAACAUUCUCCUUCGUGCCCGUCAGGAGAGACUGAAGCAGGAUCUGCACUUUACAUUCAGGCUGACCCCACCGUGUCACCUGCUCCAUCUGCCUGGCCGUCUUGGAGGACCCCGUCUCCAUCGAGUGCAGCCACAACUUCUGCCGGGGCUGCCUCUCGGCUCACUGGAGCCAGGUCUCGUCCCAGACAUACCGGUGCCCGGAGUGCCACCACCCCUGCUCCAAGCACAGGAUGAUCCCAGACACACGCGUCAAAAGCCUAGUACAGAAAUUCAGAAACAUGCCACAGAGCGGGAGAGAGACAGAGCGGCACGGGCCAGGGGCUCCACCGGAGAUGGGGUGCCCGGUGCAGCUGGUGCGUCUGGAUGACAAAGGGGACCUGACCCUGGACGAGGAGGCCCUGAGCCGCUGCCUGGAGCAGGGUGGGGUGGGGGACGCCCCCGUCUGCCUGGUGUCCAUCAUUGGGGAGCAGCGCCUGGGCAAAUCCUUCUUGCUGAACUACCUGCUGCGCCGGCUCCGCAGCCUGGACGCGAGGGACGGGUCAUGGAUGGGCCGGGAGGACGAGCCCCUGGAGGGGUUCAAGUGGCGAGCGGAUGAGCAGCAGGUCACCAAGGGGGUGUGGGCCUGGAGCCAGCCCUUCUGGGUCCCAGCCAAGGGGGGGAAGGUGGCCGUGCUGCUGGUCGACACCGAGGGCUCCAUGGACCUUGAAAGGAACAAGGAGACGAGCGUCAAACUCUCUGCCAUGUCCAUGCUGCUCAGCUCCUACCAGAUACUGAACAUUGGCCGUCAGGUGAAGGACCCGGAUCUCGAAUACCUGGAGAUGUUUGUGCAGGUGGCCGAAGUGGUGGGAAAGAAAUACAGACUGGAGCCCAUUCAGCACCUAGACCUGCUGGUGCGAGACUGGAGCAGCUCCCUGGUCCUCGGAGCCCAGGGUGGGGAGCAGUAUCUGAGAGACGUCCGACAGAGGCUGGCGGUGACGUCCCCCUGCAAACACCCCAAGGCCUUGGAAACGCUGAAGAGAAUCAGCAGCCGCUGUUACCUGAUGCCCUUCCCUGGCAAGCGGAUCAUGAUUGGGAGCAAGGGAACCCUGAGAGACAUGGAUAAGGAUUUCCAGGAGAGCCUGAGGGACUAUGUCACCACCUUGGUGAGCUCUGCCGGUCGACACGUCCGGACGGACCGGCAUGGGGAGCUGCUCACCGGGACACAGCUGGCUGCCAAGAUAAAGAAUUUAUCUGAUGUGAUGAAGAAACAUCGCUCUGGGUUCUCCUCCCCCUGUCAGAUGGCCAUCACCUUCCACAACCAGAGAGUCCUGGGCAGCGCCCGCCAUGACCACGCUGCAUUUCUGAACGAUGAGGACAGCAAAUCCCGGAACAUGUUUUACUGCCUGAAGGUGCGGCCGAGCAAAAUGGCGGAGCAGUUCGCGGAGCGGCGCGGGCAGUUGCUGAGGCGGUGCCGGACAGACAUGCGGGAGCCGGCGCCAGAGAAAGAGGCCCAGCUGACGGAGCUGGAGGCGGAGCUGAAGCAGGAGGCCGAGACCUUCCUGGAGACCUACAGGAAGCGCUUCAAGAAAUUUGUCAUUGCAGCAGGCAUUGGCACGGGGGCGCUGGUCCUGGCACCGGUGGGGGGAGCAGCCGGUGUUGGGGUCGCUGCUGCUGCUGCGCUCGGUAUGGCUGAGGCAGCAGCCAUUGGAGCCGGGGUGGGCGCCGUGGCUGGGAUGUGUGUGGGCGGGGGCGUGGGACAGGGAGUUGGUGGGAAUGUCACCUGGAAGGAUAAGCAGAGGGCUGAGGCCAGCGCCAGCCAAAGGGAGCAGGGGGACGGCACUGAGGAGCAAUCCGAUGAAGCUCCCCUGAUCCGAACAGCGCACUGCUAAGUCUGGGGUGACAAAUAAGGUGAUGGGGCUGCAGAGUGGCCGAGACACUUCGGCCACAAACCACCCUAGACCAGGGGAGCCACCCACCCACAGAUUCUA